UGUCAAGGAAUUGUCAACAUGGCGUCUGCUGGUUGCGUGGUAUGCAUCGUUGUGGCGAGCGUAGGCCCGUGUUCUCCAAGCGCGCCGGCGCUCCGACCUUAGCGACAAUGGGUUCACCGCGCCAGCCAUCUCAGAUGGACGUCGUCAAGACGUCCGACCUUCAGGGACUGCUCGAGUUCUGCACCAAAACCGUCUUUAGCUCGACCACGAGCAACUCCGAACAGGCUCGCCGGAACGCUGACAUCCAGCAGAAGUGCGAAGACCUUUUCGCCAAGGACUAUGUGUUCAAGGUUAUUGAAAAUGAGCAGGGUUCCAUGAGCAGCACUUAUCCCAACAGGAUUAUUCUCCUGGAGCAUCCGAUUGGCAGCCAAAACAACGACACCUCUCCCAGGCUGGCUGGUGGACUGACGUCACUUCCGGAUGUGCAGGACUUGCGGGAGCAGAUUCAGAAGGCUCGGAUCGCAAGGUGUCGCACACGUUUUCCGGUCCCUGUCAUUUUGUAUGAAGGAAAGCACAUCUGCAGGUCGGCAACACUGGCAGGUGGUGCCGAGAUCUACAGCCGCUCUGGUUUUGACUUCCUCUUUUCUGAUAAGCGGUCUACGGAGAACCGGAGAAACGUGGACAAUGGAAACACGCGAGCGUCCAACAACACGGAGCCCUUGCAGCCGCACUCUUUAGGGCUGCCGUCAGACUACGCGGACACGGAAGCCAAUGCCACCGUUGCGGCAGCUGACAGUCUCACGGAGGACGAGAACUUCAUCGACCUGGCGAAGGACAAUGCUCCGCCAGCCACUGCUGGCCACUGGCCGUUGUUCAGUACAUUGCGCAUGGAGGACAUCCGGCUACUGAGACUACUCUCUGUCGACCAUAUUUGCGACUUCAUGGUCGAGAACAAGAAGGUCAAGUUCUUCCUCAAAGUAACGUCUUCUGAAAAGGUUGACAAAGAAAACAGGUACAACGGGUUCACCAUCUACAACCUUCCCUACCCAGGUUGCGAGUUCUUCAAGCAUUACCGAGACAAUGAUUACAGUGGGGAGGGACUCAUCUACGACUGGGAUCAGCAUUUUGUGAAUGCCCCCCUGAACAUUCCUGAUGACGCCAUCACCUCUCAGCUCAAUAUUGACUGGACAAUGUACAAGACGUGGGACGUCGUGAUGCUCACAAGAAAUUACCUUAAACUGCUCCUGAAAUACACUUUUGACGGCACGUCGGGUCUCCUGGUACACUGCAUCUCCGGCUGGGACCGGACGCCCCUGUUCAUCUCGCUGCUGCGGCUCUCGCUCUGGGCGGACAACAAGAUCCACCCGAACCUGUCGCCCCUCGAGAUGGCCUACCUCACGGUUGCCUACGACUGGUUCCUCUUCUGCCACGAUUUGCGUGACCGGCUAAGCAAAGGAGAAGAGAUCUUCUAUUUUUGUUUCAACAUGCUCAAGCACCUCGACACAGAAGAGUUCUCCGUACUCUCACUAAAAAUGCAGAGGGAACGGAGGAACACGUCGGAGAGCAACCUUGAAAGCAUAUUUCUUGAAGAGGAGAUGCGUGGUAGCAACACGAGCCUCAACAGCAGCUGCAGCAGCUCGACGAGCGGAUGGAGCCAGGACGUGCCGCCGCUCUACUUUCCGGUGCCUGUAGACUCCGGUGACGAGUACCCCCUGAGCAAUGGGAACUACGUAUGCCCCGGUAGGAAUGGGGCCGCCACACCUCCUACGAUGACCAACAGCAGCGAAAGUGCGGCCAGUACCGUGACCAAUGGCCGGGGUUCCGUGCCCCCUAGCAGCCCCAUGGCGGUGCCCACAUCAUUGCGACAUCGGUCCGAGAGCUCCUCUUCUGUCAGUGCCGGCAGUUGGCAGAUCAUCAACGGGACGGGCUCCGUGCGCAGCUCAACAUCUGCCCGAGACUCUCCCACGGCUUGGGAACUCAACCGGAAUUCUUCGAGCAGCCGGAGUAGCCUAAGCAGUCGUCACCUAGACGCUCCUGCAGACCUUCCGGACCGGACGUUACCGCGCAGCAAGUUCCUGCAGCGUCGGCGUGACCGGUUGCAAGAGGUGCGCCGUAUCGUCAGCAACAUCUACCUGAGCAUCGUGGCGGACCGGCUAGCCACUCCGCGGACAGACGGCAUCAGCAGAGUUCUACAGAGCUUCUACUCCUAGUGUCGCCGUGUCUCGCUAACGGCACUCAGUGGGAAGACGUUCUGCUCCGUAACGACGUGAGUUCCGCCACGCACCGUCCGAGGCCGCACGCGUGCGGAGGGUGCGCUACAGCAGUCGUACGGCACUAUGUGCCGGUGACUGUUCAUCGUUCGGGCUUCUAAGAAGCAAACUUGGAUCUGCCAAACUAAGACCUCUGGAGUGAUGUGCGGACCACUUCGUACAAUUCCUGUAGUAAGGAAGGACAAUCCAAGAUGGCGGACUGUGCAUAUGUGCGUGUGUGUGUGUGCACAUCCUAUGCAAGGGCUGGGGGAAAAAAAGUUACGUUGUUUCACAGUUUCGGUAGAGUGCAGUGAUUGCACUUAACAGACUGCAUUCCGCGGAUCGCAGUGCACAGGUCGUAGUCCGCAGUCUACUGUUCAGUGCUUUCAGCUAACCGCAAAGCAUAGAGUGGGCAGGGCUUUGAGGAAUGUGUGAUAGAGAGAUAGAGAGAUGCGUGGACCGUCGUUCUAUUUCUUGGAAGCAGUCUGCCUGCGAGAAAGAUGGACUUUGAAGGCGGGGCCUAUACAUCUUGGACGAGAACGGCAGGACACCUUGUGGGGCAUCUCUGUCAUCUUGUCUAGUGGCAGGUGACAUGAGUUGCUUCUUGUGGAAUUGAGUUCUUGUAUUUGCAAACUGGAAUGUUUUGCUCUUGCCCAAGGUAAUCGGUGCUCAAGGUUAUCGAUUGGUACUCAAGGUUAGCGAGUAAUGUGCAGUUUGUGUUAUGGGCCAACGAGUGAGAAAGGUUUAUAGACCACUCAGUUGUACAUGCCAAAGAUGGGUUCUUGAUUGAGCUGGUGCAAUUUACAUAGCAUUUCUACAUGUAUUUCUAUCCUUUAUUUUUUUGCCUGGCAAUGCAAAGAUCAUGGUAGCCGCUAUUUUGAAAAUGCUCGCUGUUCAUAAAGCGCGUGUUUUUCUUUUUGCGUUUAAAUCUCGUUAGCAUUAGCAUCACAUUUGUAUAGCUCAGGCAGUGCACUGCCCCAGUUUGCUGCCACGUGGAUACCCGCCUCUACCGUGGUGCGUGAUGUCUGCCUCGAAUUGUUGCGUUAUCUCAGAGAAGGUCUGCUUUCCACUGUUUGUGAUACGUGCCUGGCAUGUGUGUGCGAUUUAGAAAACGCUAUGCGAUGUUUGAACAAACGCACGCACACUUGCCCACGUAGACGGAAUGUGCCAGAAGGGUUCUUCCCCUUUGUACAUUAACGAAUUUUGUAGUGUUUCAUAUCGUUUUAUCAUGCAACCGGUCUGUGGCGGGCUGUCUUCAGCUGCGCGAGUGUUUAUACAAGUUACGUUGAGACGAGUGCGGAAGCGGCAACGGAGUCGGCAAGGCCGCGAUUGUAGUGAGCGGUGCGAGCCUCGACGGUUAGCCUGUUGGUUUUUCCGUCUUGAAGACCACGCUGUUCUUUGCUCAGAGUUGUUUUUAUGUAUCAACAAUGCAAUUCCCCUUGUUUGCGUCUUUAUCUCGAGGACCGUUGACCAGUGCCAAAGGGUUGUGCUGCUUCCAGCCAUUUGUGUGUAAGGCGGGGAAGGAGAGCUUAUGAUUCUCGAUUGGAAGAAGUGUUCCGAUGCUGGAUGAGCCCGUGCACGUGUUUUUCGGUGUGGUUUGGGCGAAGGUGUGAUUACGUCCUCGAGUGUGUAUUGAACUGCGGCCCUCCCUCCUCAUAAAGCGCCUUCCGGACCCACUUGGCAUCUCCGCGUUUCUUAACACGCAUCCAGCUUUUGCCAAAAAAACGUUUUGAAGCCGCUGCACAGGUGACCGUAUUGUCACGUGAUCCCCAUUCUCAUUGUAUCACGUGCCUGUUGUGAAGCCACAUCAAAUAAUUGCAAUGCCAUCUCUUGGCUUAAAGGGAUACUAAAGCAAAAUAUUAAGUUAGGUUAGACUGAUUAUUUUUCUGCAUUUAAGUCCAUCAGCGCUUUCUACAUACCAACAAACCAAAUUUUUUGCAUCGAAAGCAGUCACUGAAAGACCCUGGUGCCGUUGCUCCAUUUGAAUCGUCCAUGCCGAACGGAGGGCUUGAUGUUACCAUCUCGGCUGCCUGUUUCUGUGAGUCAGCGAGCGUCCGAGAGCUCUGUGGCUGCAAUAUAUAGACACAACAGUGGUUUACUGCACGUUUAAAUAUUGUCAAAAUUUAUGUAAUUUUCAUUUUAAGCCGUAGUAGUAAUUAAGUAAUCAAGAUUGAGGAUCUGAUGUCAUUUUAAUGAGGCACCCAUGGAGGAUGCGAGAGAGUGCUCCUCCAAUUUCUCAAUUUUGACGUUUUCUCACUCAUAAACGCUCUGUUCUCGCCAGGAAUAGCGAACUGGUUAUUACACAAACAUAAUGUUUCAGUCUAACUCAACUUAAUAUCUCCCUUUGGUAUCCCUUUAACUAGACGUCUCAUAAACGCUCCUCGGCGAUUGUCAUGGGGCACAUGUGACAUUCAUUUGGAACGCUGUGAGUGGAGGGUUCUUUCUGCCUGGGACACAUUUCCGAGGAGUGCUCUGGAGGUAAACACGGUGUGUGUACUUGAAGGCUUUGCAGUUGUGUGUUGUUAUUGAACCUAUGCCAUAUCUCAAAGCUGAACGUCACUGAAAGUUGUGUCUAAAUUGUCAAGAGCACUACUAAAGUUCAGAGAUGCAUCAGCACAUACUUUUGGGGAGCUGAAAUAGUGCAAUGUUUCAGCAGGUACCUUUGAUCUGUAAGCAGUGGUGGCAAGUGCUCUCGUUAGUUUGAAAGUAGUUUGAAAGUGUACCAAGAGUGGAUGAUCAGAUGUCGCUGGGGGCAGUUUGACGUGUGCGGUGGCUUCCAAAGUUUCGACAAACACUGCUCACCUGUUGUUUGCCAUGUUGCCUUGACGGACGUUUUGAUGAUUCACGCAAAUCUUGCCCCCCAAAGUGGCUCUUUCGAAGAAAUAGUGCCAGAACAUUGUGGUUUUGUACUUCCAUUGGUGGCGCGUUCGCUACGCGCGUUUGCGAGGUGUUGCUGCUUCCACAUUGGCACAUUCUUUCCCACAGUGCGCAUGCAAACGUCAUUUUCAUUCGUGCUGUGCGUUUUCAUACACUGCCAUUUCGAUAUCGGAAAUGUACCGUAUUUGCACAAAUGUGACUUGUUGAGAAUUUAAACAUUGUAUAAUGUAAUAUAUAAGGAUUAUGUUACAAACUGACAGUACAUGAUGUGGUCGCGUUUGUAGGCUCAUAAUGUAAGGCCACUGGCGUUGAUUGAUGCAAUAGCGUAGAUUGUACGAAGCCCUCACUUGGCCGUGAGAUCUUAACGAAUGGGCACACGCCAGAGUAGCUAGAGUGUGUAAACGUAUCGAACCACGCAGGUGAACACAUUUCGUUGAACUCCCUCGCACUGUUCGUCGCGUCUUCCAAUUCGUGCACUACACUUUGUGCGUGCGCAUCUUUUUUUUCUUGGACAACGAAGGGUUGGUUACUCUCACCAUAAAACCAAGUCGGUCUAUUAAUGUAAUAUUUCGAAGUACAAAUCGAUGGAAAAUAAAGUGCUGCACGAUGCUCCUAGGUACUAGUGUAUUACCUGAAACUAGGCUUUGUUACGCAGUCACGAAUUCGGUUGCAGUUGGCCUCCAUUAUAAAGAACGGGUGAAAUGGAAUGGGUGCCAGGCCCACCAAAUAACAGCUUUCUGCAGAAGAACAAAAAGAAAAGUGUUAUAUUCGUGCCAAUACGGUUGUCCGACCGCUCUCAUCAGGCUGUGAUCAGUCAGCCACUAACUGCGCCAUUGUUUCGCGCGGCUUUUCGGGCUCUUGUCAAGCAGUCUGCUAAGGCUCGUAUGCCAAACGAGGUUUGGCAUCAGGUUAGCACAUGCCCGAACUUUCUAGUUCACGCCUGGUCAGCGCAUUCUUUUUUCUAUGUGCUUCACAAGCACGUCCAUUUGUGCCGUGGAGUGGCUUGAGAAGCUGCCGGUUUUGCAUCGUCAUCAUUAUCAACUAGCAUCGGUUGUGGCAAUGCACGUUGACCAAAAAAAAAAAAAGAUAUGAACCUCUAGUAAUGCUGCUAGAGCCUCCUUCCAUUUUGUGAGUAUCUUCUGUUCCACUUGUAACCAACACUUGCAAAUUAACUUUUUUGCCGAGAAAGUUUCUCGAGUGACUUGUCACUAACUUUUGCAAAGAACUUGUGUGAUGUUUUUUUUUUUU